AUGGUGGAUCGCACCGUCUACGCCGAUGACAAGACCCCUGAUCUGGCGCUCCGACAAGUCUUUGGUCGUCAGCGCGUUUCGCAAGAUCUCUGCAAGGUGGCCGCCAACGCUGGUUUGCUCACAGUCGAGACCUUCGCCAUGCUGGGUGAUGACAUUGCAUCGGUCAAGAACACGAUCAAGAACCUGGUGCCAGACAUCACUGCUCUAGGCGCUGAUGGUCCUGCUCAAGAACUGGCGCUUACUAGUUUGGCAGCCGUGUGGAAGACCUGUGGCACCAUGCAAGAUCAUUUUGCCAAUCGGCGAGCAAAGAUGGAGGAAGAUCCGUCCAAGGUCCCUGAGAUCCCAGGAGAAGACCAUGCGGAGUUCCGCGAAACAUUCGUGGCUCGACACCCGGACGUUCUUCUUCCCCUCCACCGAGAACCACAUCGGAAGUUCGUCGAGCGUGUUCAAAGGGAUUAUCUGGUUCAUGGCUUUGUCCACUUCUACGAGGUGGGCGAGAUCCGCACCCGCAAUGAGCAGAUCGCUCAGAAAUCCGGCUUGACCAAGAAUGCGGAGGAUUUGUUGCGUGUGGUCAUGAUCGACCAGCCUGCCUCUGCAAGCUCGGAAUCACAGGUCAUUGACAAGCUCCACGCGUUCUUCAUCACCUUGGAGUACCUCAACAUUUGCGAGUUCUCGGUCGAUGCUGGCCCGCUCAAGUACUUGGCUCAGCUUGAAGAAUGGCGACACGAGAACCGAGGCCUGGCCCUUCUUCUCACAGUGGACACGCUCAUCCGCAAGAAGGUGCACAGGGUGAGUUCUGAUCAGCGCAAAAAGUUCACCACGUUCUCGGCAGCUUUGGUGGAGGUUCUCGACAACCACAAGCAGCUUUGGAAUGACGCUCGCUCAAGUGCGGAGCUGGACAAGUACAAGCAAGCUUCUGCGUUGACACCUGCACCGGUGACUCCCAAGAAGCGGGCUCGCUCGGUCUCGCCGGUUCCCAAGUCGACAGCCAAAGCUCGAAAGAACAAAGCUCGUCGUGAACGCCAAAAGGCGCAGCUUCAGAAGGCCAAAGCACUUACCUCUACGCCGCCCAAGAAUGCUCCGAAGGCUGCUCGAGAUGAGCGUGUUCCAGCCAAAGAAUGGCAAACAAUUACGUCGUUCAAGUAUUCGGGUGGGCGUCGGUGCCCUUUCUACAACAGCUCUUUGGGUUGCCGCUUUGUGGAUCAGUGCAAGCUCAAGCACAGCUGUGCCGUGGAGUUGGCUCCUCCGCCUGGGGAUUGGACUGGGGCCACCAGCUCCACGAAUGACGAUCGGUCAAAGCCUCCAGCCGAUCGGAAGGCGGUGCUGGGCUCUCAGUCACAAUGGCCAGAUUGGGAUUUUGUGUUGCAGAAUCUAGCUACAUUUGCUCAGUCUGGGCCGUUUUUCCUGGAGCUCUUUCCUGGAAAGGCUGGCCUGACGGAGGCCGUUCACCUGACAGGUGUGCCAGUGCUCCCGCCAGUGGACAUCGAGCCCUCGGCUUUGGUCAGCACUCCACGGGAUCUGGUGGACUACGUGUUCUGGCGCCAGCUCUUGGAUCUCUUGGCGCUGGGCAUUGUUUUCUUUUUGCAUUGUGGCACGCCCUGCAAUACGUUCAGCUCAGCCCGGAAGGCUGAUGGGGGGCCGCCACCACUACGUUCUGCCUCUCAGCCGCUCGGUUUAGAGGGCUUGCGGUGGGACGAUCAGAUGCUGGUUUUUCUGGGCAAUUUAUUUUUGGAACGGACAGUUGAAGCUUGUUUGUUGGUUUUCGCACUUGGGGGCGACUUUUUGAUCGAGAACCCGCUCCUGAGUUUGCUGUGGACCACACCACAGUUGAGCAUGCUUGUCCGUCGCACUCGGGCUUUUCAGCUUGACUGCGAUCAGCGUGCGUUUGGCACUCCGUGGAUGAAGCCUACUCGGUUUGUGUGCUCUUCAGAGCUCUUGGAUGCGCUCGCAGUGCUUUGUCCGGGCGACCACGUCCACCAGAAGCUCAAAGGCAAGGUGUGGGACCCCCGCAAACAGCGUUACGUGUUCAAGACCAAACAAGCUCAAGUUUAUCCGUUGGCCUUGUGUGCCACAAUUGCUCAGCAAAUUUUGGAGAUCUUCCUGCAGGCAUAUUCCCAUUUGCAACCCACGUUUCAGCUCUGUGCCCCAGCUCAAGAGCGCAAACGAGCCCUUCAUUCCAUUAAACCUUGGAAGGGCCAUCGGCAGGCGGAGUCGGCUCUCAAGGCUCUGAACGCUGGCUACCAGCUCAAGCGUGGCGCUGCCAAGCCGCUGUUAGAGAUGGAAAUGGAACCUGGGGAAGCUGUGCAAUUUGCUCUUCAGUUGGUUCAUCCUUUUUCCCGCCCUGCUCAAUUGCCGGCAGCCUUGACUGCGGCCUUGGCGGCGGUGGCCAGUGCUCCACGAGAAGUUGUGCGUCAGCGUGGUCGGGCACUGGCUCAUUGGCAGGCGCGUGCAGUGGCGCUGUUGCCAGAAUCUGUGUCCAGAAUCAUGCAGCAACCUGAUGCAGCUUCGCGGAGGCUCCUUUUGGGCACACACGAGCCUGGCCAAGCUCGGCUUGGCGAAGUGUGUCAUGUCGCUCUCUAUGAAGAGAUGUUAAAGGAGUGCAAGUCGGCCGAUCAGUUGCUGCCUCGCCUCUUGCUCGAGGGAUUUCCUAUUGUUGGCCGGAUCCAGCCCUCCGGGCGCUGGCCGCCCUUUGAGAAGGUUCAGAAAGUUUUGUUGGUCCAACAUGCGCUGGAUAGGGCCUGGGAGAUUCGCUCCAAGAUUGUGAAGCGUGUUCAAGGCGUGCCAGUCACUGACAAUUUGCUCAAACUUUGGGAAUCAACUAUGGAGGAUGUGGCUGAAGGUUCUUGCUUGGGCCCCUUCGACACAGAAGAGGAGAUCACCUUGGCGUUGAACUGCAGCGACUGGAUCCCUACACAAAGGUUUGAAGUAGUUCAAAAGAACAAAGUUCGUGGCUGUGACAGUGCAACUACCAACUUAAUCAACCAGAUCACAGAGAUUAGUGAGAAGUUGCAGCUGCCGUCGACCGACUCGAACGUGGCUGCCCUUAGGAUGCUCAAGACCUUGGCUCCAGAUGCUGACCUGCUCGGAUGGGUGCUCGAUGAAAGGAAGGCCUACAGGCAAGUGGCUGUGCGCCCUGAUCAGAGGAAGUUUUCCGUUAUUUGUUUAAAGUCACCUCACUCAGGCAAGCCAUCCUUUUUCAUCAUGGUUGGGCAUUCGUUUGGGUUAGUGUCUGCGGUCUAUAAUUAUAAUCGUAGAUCUGCUGCUAUCAAUGAGAUUCUUGUCUCUUUGUUCAAUUUAGUGGCCUUUAGUUUCUACGAUGAUAAAUAUGGCUUUGAGCCUUCUGCUUCAGCGGCGAGCGCUCGCGAAGUGGCCGAGCUGGUGCACUGGUGGCUGGGCGCUAGGUUUGAUCAGAAGAAGCUGCAGCUCUCUGCCGAACCGACGAUCCUGGGUGUGACCUAUAAUCUGAAGCUCAUGCAAUUGGAGAUUAAGGAGGAGAGGUGCCACGAUCUGCUCGAAGAGAUUGACGCCAUCCUGCAGUCUGAGCUUCUUGAUCCGGGGUCAGCGGGCAAGCUCAAAGGCAAGCUCAUGUUUGGAGCUUCCCAACUCUGGGGCAAGAUUGGCCGUGCGUUCUUACGGCCCAUUUCUGAGCGGCAGUAUUGGAAGUUCCCUGCAACAUCUGAGUUCAAACUCGAUUUGCAGCUUAUCGAAUCAUUGCGCCAAUGGAGAAAGCUCGUCCAUGCUGGCCCACCGAGAUCUAUUGACUUGGCUCAGGAAAGGCUGGCAGAUGUGGUGAUCUUUACCGAUGGCUUCACCCCUGAUCCAAGGUCUUCUGAUGUCAGUCCUGAUCGGAUUGGUGGAGUGAUGUUUGACAGAAGAGUGCGCGCACCUCGUCAGUUCACUUCAGUAGUCCCUCAGCAUGUCAAGGCUCGUUGGCUGGUAAGGGCGACCCAGAUCAUGCCUAUUGAAAUGCUGGCUCCAGUGGUAGCUCUUGUCACCUUUGCUGAUCGUCUCGCUGAAGCGGAUUUGAUUUUGCUCAUAGAUUCUGAGUCAGUGGAGGCUGCUCUCGUUAAAGGCUACUCCAGUCGGGAAGACAUGUGCGAGAUCAUCACAUUGUUUUGGGAAAUAGCGCUCGAGUUGCGCGUUCGCGUUUUUAUAGACCGAAUUUCUACAGACGCCAACCCAGCUGAUUGGCCGUCCAGAAACAAGCUCUGGCUGGGCGAAGCAGCAGGCUGGUCUACGGUGCAAGCGUGUUGGCCUGAGGCGCUCAAGUGCGAAGUUCAAGGGCCUGGGUAG